GGGAGGAUUUGAACCGGAAACACUCAGGUGAGGUUGGAGAACUUAGUAUGAAUAAAUGCGUGGAGAAUUUUUAUAUUUUUCAUGAUUAAACUUGAGGGGAAAAAAAAUAAUUAUUAGCAUUUUGAGUAAAAAAAUGCUUGGUUUCAUUCAGCUACUUUCUCCUAAAAUACCUUAAAGUAUAAUAAAUAUAAUUGUCUAAUUGAUUCGAGUCCGUUUGUUCUCUUUCCUAAAAGCUCCAGUCGAAUGAAGCCACAGGCUUUGUCUGAUGUUCAUGUGAACCGCCCCUUUAAUCUCGUGCCCGCGCCGCUCGUGCUCGUGGCUUUGUGCAGGACUUUCCCCGUCAGGAAGCAGCUGUGCAUCAGAGGCAGAGAGAGGAGCGUGCGUGCGGGCUGGAUGUCGCAUCCUCGGACGGCGGAGCCGGAGCGGCCAGGGCGCGCGUCUUUGUCUGGGAGCGCAUCCAGCGGGGGAGGGGGGGCGGCGCUGCUCCGUGAGCCGCGAGCUUUCACUCGGAUCUGCGGGAUUACAGCCUUUUAACGCGCAGGGAGCAUCAUCCGGUCACGAAAGCGCGGUUCUGUCCUCCUUUAUCACAGUGGAAGUUAUCCGGUGGAGUUGCGGGGACGCGCCGCUUCCGCGCGCCUUGGAGGAGCUUUUUAUUUAUUUUUUUGUUGUUUUGAAAAUGCGCUUCUGUUCUGGUCAUUAAAGUUUGAUCUCCGCGGUCCCGGCUGGCCGCUUGGCAUGCUCUGACAGCGCGUAACCACCGCCUUCCCCACCGGCGCUGUCACAGGUAACCGGGUCUCCUGUGACAGCUGGUCGGCUCACAGCCUGAAGAGUCCUCCUCACAGCUGGAAUUUAAAAUAAAACCAUGAAUGAAGCGAGCAGGCGGCGCGCGCGCACCUGGAUCUACCUGGAUGUGAGGAAGAGCUUCCUGGGAGCGCUGAUCUUUCUCCACCUGGUGCUGCGCGCAGACGCGUCAGCGGCGCACAAACAGUGCGACAAAAGCUGCUUUUCUGGGAAGUGCGUGAACGGGACGUGCGUGUGUGACCACGGCUGGGACGGGGAUCAGUGCCAGCACUGCCAGGGAAGAUUCAAGUUAACAGACCUGUCGGGCUCCCUCACCGACGGACCAGUGAACUACAAAUACAAAACCAAAUGCACUUGGCUAAUCGAGGGAUAUCCAAACACAGAACUCCGGCUGCGCUUCAAUCACUUUGCCACUGAGUGCAGCUGGGACCACAUGUACGUCUUCGACGGCGACUCCGUCUAUGCCCCUCUGAUUGCCGUCUUCAGCGGUCUGGUGGUUCCUGAAACCCGAAGGAACGAGAGCAUCCCUGAAGUGAUGACGACAUCCGGCUACGCUCUGCUGCACUUCUUCAGCGACGCCGCCUACAACCUCACUGGCUUCAACAUCUUCUACUCGAUAAACUCCUGUCCUAACAACUGUUCGGGCCACGGCCGGUGCAGCGCGGCGAGCUCCAUGGCGGGCCGCGUGUACUGCGAGUGCGAGGAGUACUGGAAGGGAGAGGCCUGCGACAUCCCGUACUGCAAACACAACUGCGGCAGUCCCGACCACGGCUACUGCGACCUGACCGGAGAGAAGCUGUGCGUCUGCAACGACAGCUGGCAAGGUCCAGACUGCACUCUUCCUGUCCCCUCCACCGAGGCCUUCUGGGUACUCCCCAGCGUCAAGCCGUCGGCCCAGUCUCUGGGCCGAGCGUCCCAUCGGGCUCUGGUGCAUUCUGGAUUGAUGUGGGUGGUGGGGGGCUAUUCCUUCAACUACUCCAACUACCACAUGGUCCUGAACUACAACCUGGACAGCAGCACGUGGGACGCGGUGGCGGCCGGCGGCGGGACCCCCCUGAACAGAUACGGACACUCACUGGCUCUUUACAAGGACGACAUCUACAUGUUUGGCGGGAAGCUGGAAGCGGGGGCGUACAACAUAACGGAUGAGAUGUGGGUGUUCAACAUUCCCGGGCGCACCUGGUCGCCACGGAAACUCGGCCCACCCCCGCCCUACGCUGUGGAAGGCCACACGGCUCACGUGGUGGAGCUCGCCGACGGAGAAGCGGUGAUGCUGGUGUUCUUCGGCUACUCGCCCAUCUACAGCUACAUCAACAAAGUUCAGGAGUACAACAUCCGCUCCAACUCGUGGCAGGUGGUGACCACCGGCGGCGCGGUGGUCCAGGGAGGCUACGGCCACACCAGCGUGUACGAAGAGGCCAGCGGCUGCGUGUACGUCCACGGGGGAUACAAGGCGCUCAGCAGUAACAAGUAUGGGCUGGUGGAUCACUUGUACCGUUACCACGUCAACAAGAAAACAUGGCUGGUUCUCAGAGAGAGCGGCUUGGCCCGGUACCUCCACUCCGCCGUGCUGCUGAGCGGCGCCAUGCUGGUUUUUGGGGGAAACACUCACAAUGACACGUCUUUGAGCAACGGAGCCAAAUGCUUUUCUACUGACUUCCUGGCGUAUGACAUAGCUUGUGACAGGUGGACAUCCCUUCCCAGACCGGGGCUGCACCGGGACGCCAACCGGUUUGGACACUCCGCCGUGGUUAGCAACGGCUCCAUGUACAUCUUCGGGGGCUUUUCGGGAGUCCUUCUAAACGACGUGCUGGCUUACACGCCGCCGUCCUGCCGGGCUUUCUUAAGCCCCGCCUCCUGCUUUGCUGCUGGGCCGGGCGUUCGCUGCCUGUGGGUGGACGACAGAUGCGUCCCUUGGGAGUGGACACAACCUCUUCAGAGUGUUCCUGCUCCUUUCUGCCCUUCACGACCCGACAGCUCGGAUGAAGAGUGUUUCCGCUUCCCCGACUGUGCGAGCUGCACCUCCAACACUCGCGGCUGUCAGUGGUGCGAGGACAGAAAGUGCAUCUCCGCCUCCAGCAACUGCACUGUGCUAACUCUGGAGCUGGCCCAGCAGCAUGGCGGCGCUCUGUCUCUGUCUCCUCCUCCGUCCAUCUUGUCUGAACAUCAGCUGAGCUUGUGGAAGCAUGGAGCCCGGAGGAUGGGACAUUCGGUGAAGGACGCGUCCAGGUGUAAGCGCAGGGAGGAGCAGGAGUGUUUCCGGCUGGCGAACUGCAGGAGCUGCUCCCUGAACAUCAACUGUCAGUGGGAGCCUCAGCAGCAGGAGUGUCAGGCCUUGCCAGAGCUUCUCUCCAUGGGUGGGCCUGAGGAAGAUCAACGUGUCGUACUGGGGCUGGGAGGACGCCUCACCCUUCACAAACACCAGCCUGCGAUGGUUGCCAGGGGAACCGAGUGACUCUGGCUUUUGUGCCUACUUGGAGAGAGCCCAGAUGGCGGGUCUCAAAGCCAACCCCUGCACCGCCACAACCGACGGUUUGAUCUGCGAAAAACCUGCCGGAAGGCCGCAGAGUCUUAGCGCUCGUCCCUGUAAGACGCCCUGCGCCCUCCGCAGCAGCUGCGCCAACUGCACCAGCCAGGCCAUGGAGUGCAUGUGGUGUGGCAGCACUCAGCGCUGCGUGGACUCCUCAGCAUACGUCAUCUCCUUUCCCUACGGCCAGUGUCUGGAGUGGCAGACCCAGGACUGCUCUGCUCUGAACUGCUCAGGUCUGCGGACGUGUGCGGAGUGUCUGCAGAGAGCCGAAUGCGGCUGGUGCGGCGACCCCAGCAACACCGGCAGGGGCGUGUGCAUGGAGGGUUCUUACCGCGGGCCCCUGAAACCCGCACACCCGCGGCCCGGAUCCAGGGACAGAGGCAGACUGCGAGACGGGGACAUGGUGGUGGACCACAGCCUCUGCUCCACCGACAGAGGCUACAACUGGGCCUUCGUGCAGUGUCCCGCGUGUCAGUGUAAUGGACACAGCAAGUGCGUAAACGGCAGCGUGUGCGAGUUCUGUGGGAACCUGACGGCAGGAUCGCACUGUCAGAGCUGCAUGCCCGGUUACUAUGGUGACCCCACCAACGGAGGAAAGUGUCACGCUUGCAAGUGCAACAGUCACGCCAACGUGUGCCAGGCCAACACAGGGAAGUGCUUCUGUACCACCAAAGGGGUCAAAGGGGACCAGUGUCAGCUAUGUGACUCAGAAAACCGUUACCUUGGUAACCCUCUCAGAGGAACCUGUUAUUAUAACCUAUUGAUCGAUUACCAAUUCACCUUCAGUCUGCUGCAGGAGGACGACCGCUACUACACCGCCAUCAACUUCAUGGCCACACCUGAACAGGCCAACAAAAACCUGGACAUGUCCAUCAAUGCAUCAAACAACUUCAAUCUCAACAUCACCUGGUCUCUCAGCUCAACAGCUGGAACCAUCUCUGGUGAAGAGAUGCCCAUUAUAGUGAGGACCAACAUCAAGGAACACAAAGACAGUUUUUCAUGCGAGAAGUUCAACUUCAAGCUUCACCACAACAUCACCUUCUUCGUGUACGUGUCCAACUUCAGUUGGCCAAUCAAGAUCCAGAUUGCCUUCUCUCAGCACAACAGCAUCAUGGAUCUGGUCCAGUUCUUUGUCACUUUUUUCAGCUGCUUCCUGUCGCUGCUGCUGGUCGCUGCUGUGGUGUGGAAAGUCAAACAGACCUGCUGGGCCUCACGGCGAAGAGAGCAGCUGAUGAGAGAACGCCAACAGAUGGCCAGUCGUCCCUUUGCUUCGGUUGCCGUAGAGCUGGAGGUGGGUGGCAACCAAGAGGAGCUACUCCAGGGAGUGCCGAAGCCUAUAGCCAUGGAGCCGUGCUGGGGGAGCAGAGCGGGCGUCCUCACCGUACUGCUGUACCUGCCCAGAGUCCCUUCUGGAAUACCCCCACCAGGACAGUCUGGCAUUGCCAUAGCCAGCGCUCUGGUGGACACAUCACAGCAGCGAGUUUUGGACUUUAAAGAAAGAGGCCUGGGGCUAAAACACCGCAAGCACAUUGUGCACCAUCAAGGCACCUGUGUGUGAACAAAGAGACAACAUAUCCAUGGUGACUGUCCGAGGGAUUUCACACGGGCAAACGCUCUCUGAAGACAGGAGCCUCUAAGAACACUACUUCGAUGAAGAGCGUGGGUUUGGACGAGUGCCUGUUUCUCCCAAAUAAAAAGACGUUUGCGCCCCCUCUUUGUUUUAUGAGUCACGUAGAGGACUUUUUUUGUUGUUGUUGUCGAUGUCGCCCUCCUCCAUGUUUAGCAGAGUGACUGUAAAGGUGUGUUAUCGUUCACAGCUUUGGGUGGAAGUCUUUUCAAGCUCCUGCCAGUCGGUGUCAGUCGGUCCCGCCGGUGGAAGUCGACGAAGAACAAAGAAAAACCAAACAAAACGGCCCCAAGGAACAAACCAACUCAGGACGCACUAAAAGAAAACCGAAAGUUUGUGGAGAUGCUAUUCCAAUAAAGUCUGCUGUUGAAGAACUGCAUCUUAUUGCAAAGGUUGUUGUGAUGAAAUGAUGUUUUUUUUUAAGUGUGUAAAAUAUUUUCCUUUACGUGAUUUGAUAACUGCUCAGGUCCUCAAGGAUGGAGGGAGUCCGUUUUUCAGUCCUGCAAGGAAAAGGCUUUAACCUAAAACUGGAUCCUCUUUAUAUUAUUAUUAUUAUUAUAUAUGAUGAAACUUUUCAUGCAAACAGAAUGUUAAUUCUGGGCAGCCAAGCGACUUGAACGCUGGGAUCAAACUACCAAUGCCAGUCACAUGACUCAUUUACUACUGUGAAGGUACACUUCUUCUCAUGACUAACUUUAGCAUAUCACAACUUGGGCUAUUUAUUAUUUAUGCAAAAUCAACUGACACAGUUUUUUACAAAUGCACUUUUAUUUCGUUUUAAACUAACAAUAGUGUCCCUUCUUUUUGUAAUUUCCUUGAUCUUUAAAUGUCUUGUAUGCAAAAGAAGAAAUAAAACCACCAAGAUUUAGUGACGUGAGGCGUUUUCUCCUGACCAGGUGUGUUGCACUUUCCUUUUAAAGUUGUAUCAAGUGCACACUCAAGUGUCACUAUGCAUAUGUGUGUUUUUGCACUUUUUUUGUUUUUGCUGAGACUGGACCAGCGGCAGCUCAAAAAUACCAGUUUGUCAUUCUGUAAGAAAUAAAACGUUUUGAUGCCUCUUUGUAUUU